AGCGAACAUUACUUCUUAUAAUAGGAAUCAAGAGAGGUGAUUGUUUGAAUAUGCUUUCUUCAUCGUAUGAAGCUAAAGAAAAUAUUUGCAAGCAAGAAGAUCCUGUUCUAUGGACAAGCUUUGGGUGUGAUUUUGGCGGAGUCUCAAGUUGUGGCAUUGCAGGCCGCUGAAAUGGUCAACGUGCAAUACCAGGGCGUCAGGAAACCAGUUCUGCAACUGACUCAAGUUGUUGAUAACCACAUGGAUGAUCGAAUCGCUGAAAUAAUGCGAAUUGACGCUACUGACAAAAAAGACAACGUGAAACACCAAAUCACGGGCCGGUACAUGGUGGAGGACCAGUACCACUACACGAUGGAGACACAGUGCUGUGUGUGUGUGCCCUCCGAUGAAGGGUUGAAUGUGUACUCAGCCACACAGAACGUCACAACUACUCUGUGGGCUGUUGCUGGUGCAUUGAAUGUCAAGGAGAACAU